UUCUCGGACGGACAACUCAGUGGCCGGCGGUCUUUACUUAACGACUGAGAACAGUGGCGUUUGCGUAGAGUCAUGAGUAUUAACAGAGAAGUAACACUGAGUGAUAUAAUCGCAGAAAUGAAUGAGGAACGUACGAGGAACGUAUCUGUUAGGAUAAUGUAGCGAACGUUGUCGUUAAUGGUCCGUGGCAACAGACGAUCGACCCUGGUGCCUUUCCUCACUGUACGACAUCACCUGCAGCGCCUCUCCUGAACUCGUGAAUAUGUCAGUUGCACCCUAUACGAGCGAAAAACCGUGUCGUGGUCAGAUGAGUGCCGAUUUCAGUUAGAAAGAGCUGAUGGUAGGGUUCGAGUCUGGUGCAGACCACACGAAAACAUGGUCCCUUGCUGUCAACAAGACAAUGUGCAAGCUGAUGAUUGAUGGUGUGGACUGUGUUUCCUUGGAGUGGACUGUGUCGUCUGGUCUGUCUCAACCAAUCAUUGACUGUAAAUUGUUGUGUUUGGUUAUCAGCACACCAUUUUCAGCCAUUCAUGGACUUCUCGCACCCCAACGACGGUGGAAUUUAUAUGGAUGACAAUCCGCCUUGUCAUCGGGCCACAACUGUUCGUGGUUGGUUUGAAGAACUUUCUGGACAGUUCGAGCGAAUAGUUUGGCCAUCCAUGGGACAUUUAUGGGACACAAUCGAGAUUUUCGUCCCUGCACAGAAUCCACCCCUGUUAACACUUACGCUAUUACAGAGGGCUCUAGAAGCAGCGUGGCUCAGUACUCCUGCAGGGGACUUACAACUACCUGUUGAGUCCAUGCCAGGUCGAGUCGCCGCACUACGCUGGGAAAAAGGAGCUCCGACACGAUAUUAGGAGGUAUCGUAUGACCUUCGUCACCUCAGUGUACAUUUAGCCAAUAUCUAUGGCCAAAUCAUGAUUAGCAACGAUUUGCAGUAAUUUAUUUGUAGAAGCUUUGUAAUACGUAAAUUUAGUAUGGAGAUUGUGCAUUCACUGUUCACUUGCUCUGAUCUGUCUCGAACUCUGUCCUAGUCCUGAAUUUAGUGAACGAGAACUAUGAUAAUGUGUAGAAAGUGCAGUUUGGAUUUUCUUGUUGGUGCCUGUAGUUGAGUCCGACGCUGUCUUGAUAUGAGCCGUGUGCCAGCUUAUAUCCGCAUUUGAUGAACGGAUGUGCACUUGGAAACUGUGUGAUGUAAGACGGAAGCAUGAAAUAGGUAUCAUUGCCCUAUGCGCCUUCUGUUGCAUCCUAUCCUUAACUCAAAUGCUCCUGAGUACUAGCCAGCUCGUCACUCUUCCAUGUAUAGCCAUGUUCCUUAUCUUCUGGACGAUACAGCAAUAACUGAGGACGGAAGACUAUGUAAGACACUAACCAAGAGAUGGCACUUGUUAGUGGAGUGUCCAGGAACAGUUAACAGUCGCUGAAUGGAGAAGUAGAAGAUCAGAAUUAGUAGAGACAGACAAACUGUAGAGCACAAGCUCAAUAAAGUAAUGCGAUAGAAGUGAAAAAAUUAGCAAACGAUAGGAAAAGAUGGAGUACAGCAACAAACCAAGUGAAACAUUGAAAACUUAAUUACAAUCCACCUUCAAUUUAUAGCUGUUGUUUUUGUGAUUACUGAGAAAUUCUGUGUAAUAACGCACGUGUACAUUUGUUACAGAAGACGAACGCAUCGAGCGGAUGUACAUAAACUGAAAGUGCAGCAUAGAGAGGGUUAAGAAAGGAUUGGACGCCUACUUCUCGCUUAAGACCAGGCAUCCAGAGAUGAUGAUGAACCGUGACCCAAGGGGACCCGACGUUGUGAACACCAUUGAGCACGUCAAGCUGGUGACGAUGCCUCGCCUCACGGAGCAGCUCUACCGGGUGCACAUCUUCGGAGACGCCGACCCGGACCCCGUGUGGGUCUCGUGGCCAAAUUACGGAAAAAUCGUCUCCAUAAACCUCGACAUGAUGUUAUUCAAUGACUACUCGCUCGGAGACAUCGUCAUCGUGGAACUGAAGAACCUGACUGCUGGACACGCCCUCCGGACCGAUAUCAAUAUCAUACGCGCUAUUGAAUUUGGCUACAAGACUGCCUAUUGCCGGAGUUUGAAAGCACUGCAUUUGGUAAAUGCUGACAAAGUAAUUGAUUUUACAAUGAAAAUUUUGAGCUCAGCUCUCUCCAAAAAGUUGCAGAAGAGGACACACGUCCAUCUGUCAGGAUGAAAGACGCUGUUUGACCACGUGGCAAAGGAAUAUCUGCCGGAUGAACUAGGAGGCACAGCCGGUCCUAUCGACAAACUUGCCCAUGAAUUCAUCAGGAGGGCGGAGAUGAAGCGAGACUGGUUCCUGGAGCAGGACCGCUACACCUCGGACGAGAGCAAGAGGCCCCCAGACAACAACUACGCCGACGAUUUGUUCGGAGUGGCGGGCUCCUUCAAGAAGCUCUCAGUAGACUGACGCCGUCACAGUUCAUUUUGUAGAUCCUGUCACUUGUGGACAGUAAACUGUGAUACACAGGGUGAACUGAGAAUCCACCAACGAAAUUUCAGAAUUUGUUAUGUGAUAAUUUCUGAGUAUUUUGGUAUAACAGACCCAUGGCCUUCGAUGGUUCGUUAGAGAGUAACAACAAUUCUUUUCGUGGUUUCUUAUUGAGGUCUGCAGUCGAAAACUGGUUUGGUACAGAGCCAAAUGCUAGUCUAUCCUCUGCACAAACUCCUUCACCUCUCCAUAUGUACAGCACCGGACGUCCCUCUGUGGAUAUCUUAGUUCAACCGAUCCCUUCUUUUAGUCGAAUUGUGCCCUUUCAUUAAUUAUUCGACCUACCCAUCUAAUGUAUAGCAUUCUUUUUAGCACCACAUUUAAAACAGUUCUAUUCUCUUAUUAAUUGAACAUUUAAUCGUCCACGUUACGCUUCAGUUCAAUGCUACACUCCAGACAAAUACCUUCAGAAAAAAGCCUAAAAUAUUUAUCAUUAUCGUUAGCAAAUUUCUAUUUUUCACAAAUGGUUAUUUUUUCAGGUGCCAGUUCGCAUUUUAUGAUCUUCCUAAUUCGGCCAUCAUCAUUUAUUUUUCUACUCAAUCAGAAAAACGCAUCUACUACAGCCAGUGACUUACUUUCUAAUCUACUUCCCCCUGCUUGCCAGAUUCAGUUCCCUGAACUUUAUGUCUCGAUCCCAGUUUCUCCUUAAUUUUCUUUACUGCCACAAUGUCCAGACUGAAUUCCGUCUGUGAUAGGUGACAGCCGUCCUAAACUACUACUUUUCCUUUGUGCCUUUCAAGCCUUGCAACUCCAGUCAAUUCUCUGUACAAGCUCUGGAUCUCACUACUUGCAUUCUUUUCCUCCCACCUUCACAGUUUCCCAAACCCAAACGGAUCUUUCUCAAAGUCGAACUCUACCAAUUUUUUGAUACUUCUGCAAAUUGUUCGUGCCAGCAUUUUGUAACCAUUUUAUUAUACAGAUGGCUCUCUAAUAUUCACACCUCACAGCACCUACCUUCUCUGAAACAGAAACAAUCACUGUCUUCUUGUUCUCUCACCCCCCCCCCCUUUCUGCUUUGUAUUUGAAUUGAACUGGAAAUCUCUAUAACUAACAACCAGAGAGCACGGCUCCCUUAUACAAAAAUACUUAGGAAAUGUCUUUGAUCAUCGUCUGAAAUUUUGUCAGCAGUUCGGGUUCAUCCAGAUAAGUAAUACGCGUGCCCUUCUACAGGUACAAGGUCUACGGGACCUCCACUAUCUCACUGCGUGAAUCUGUAUUUUUAUUCAUUCUAGUUGUAAAAC